AUCUCACGAUACCUGACUCUGCCACACAUAUGCUGUCACUGUCAUCGCACCAACCCUUCUAGUGCGCCCACACUGUCACGACGAGAGAUAUGGCGGGCACCAAGCGACGCUCCUCGCGACAGACCGCGAUACGCCGGCGCUCUGUCUAUCUCGACCCGGAAACCGACGACGAAUUCGAAGCCGACAGAGACGAUGAUUACCAACCCGCCGAAUUGGUCGACGUUGUACAGGAACCCGCGCUGAAGAAGCGCAAGGCCAGCAACCGGCGCCAACCACAGACCCGCAGCAAGGCAGCCAAGACGAGGCAGACGACUUUGAAGAGGGUGUUCAGCGUUGGGAAGGCGAGACAGCCAAACAAGGAAGAGGCAAAGAGGACCUUUGAUGGGCCAAGCGAUGGGAAGAUUCCGAAGUGGACUUCACUCCCUCAUGCUAUCUUGAAGCAGAUCUUCACUUAUGCUGCUGGCGACACUCAAACAUGGGUGCGCGCCUCUCAUGAUAACGCCGCAUGGCUGAAGUUAUCGGCGGCACGAGUGUGCCGAGCAUUCUCUGUUCCCGCUCUCGAAGCAUUCUACCAGUCGCCAGGCAUUUACAACACGCAAUAUCCACAUCAGCUAUUGGACCUGCUGCGCACACCGGACGAUCAACGGUAUAUCAAUUACAACGUGAAGGUGCAGAGGCUGAAUAUCGAUCUUCGAAACCUGGCCUACACUGCACAUGGCCGACCAGUGUUUGACCUGCUCCAGUUGAUCCCCGAACUGCCACAACUGCAGCACAUGGAGUUGCUGCACCAGAACUAUGAGAAGCCAUAUCGGCCACGAGCUCAGCCCAAGUGGACAAUACAGCCUCACGAAUUGAUCAGGUCGAUGGAGCAGCGAGGGAUUCAUCUGCGCACGUGGCGCUGGAGCCGUGAAACCAUUCCGAAGAGUGCACUCGCAGCCAAUGUGUCACUUGAUCUGUACGAAAAGAUCUCGAGGGCUCACGACAGUAGCGCGUUUGCUUAUCUAAAACGGCUGGUGGUGACAGGCUUCAACGUGGAUGAUAGCUUGGAGCCUGGCAUACCUGACUCGGAUGGCCAAGGUAGUUCUGCGGCCGCUCCUCCUGGUCUCGCCACAUCCAUCGCCAAAUUGCCAUCACUCACAGAUCUCACUUUCAUUUCAUGCGAUAUCAUCAUGGAGAAGUUCUUACAGCGACUACCCACGAAUCUGCAACGCCUCGAGCUCAGCAAUUGCCUUGAGAUAACUAGCGACAUGCUUCGAGAGUUCUUCACUACUUCUGGCUCUCAGCUCAGAGAACUUGAGCUCAACAACAAUGCAGCUCUGAACCUCAGCUUUACGCAGGAUCUCAAGGAGAAGUGCCCGCGCCUCGAAAGACUGAAGCUGGACUUACAGUUGUACAGUGAGCGUGAAACCACGAAUGAUGCAAUUGAGCUCUAUGACGAGCUGUUGCCAGAGGGCGAGACUGCAAGCUGGCCAUCCACAUUGCGGCACCUUGAGAUCCUGGAAGCCCAGAAGUGGUCUCCAGAGUCAGCACAGGACUUCUUCCGCACGCUCGUUGACAAUGCAGACCAACUUCCAGACUUACGUACUCUCAUCAUUCAUGCGCACAUUGACAUUCCCUGGCGCGAUCGCGUAGGAUUUCGCGAUCAGUGGAUUGAGCGACUACGGCGGGUGUACAAGCGCCCACAUGAAGAACCCAACAAGCAGCUCGGCUCGCUCAAGCAGUUUUCGAUGUCCAGAGAGAGCUCCUCACACCAGAUCAAAGUGCACAGCGGUGAGACGGACGAGCUCGGCAGAGGUGUACCUGACGAUGAUCGACGUCCCCGUCGUAGAACGGUCAUGCACGUGCAGGUCUCGCCACACCGACCAAGCGCCGACACGGUCUACUUUCCUGCGCCUGACAUGCCACCGGAGCCGAGGAGUACGAGACCUCAGCGUCGCAGCAAGCUUGUCGCUGAGAGCCGGAUUGUCACACGCUCGGAGACGCAAGCGCCUGCGCGAGAGUCCGGUACAGAUUCGGAACAGGAAGAUGAGAGCGGAGCAGAGGAUUGGCGUAAGAUACCGGAGAAAUUCUGUCAGAGCUUAUGCGAUAUCGUCGAUAUUCGAAUUGACAACCAGCGUCCUCGCGAAACACAGUUCAGGGAGGAGGACUUUCUUGAUGCUGAAGCCAGUGGAGAUGAUGAUUGGCAUGAAGGUGCAGAGGACGAAGAGGAAGGAUACGCCUGGUAGUGCGGUUGGGCUCUAGGUUGGAACGGCGGAAUGAGGACGCAGGUAUGUCCAUCGAGAGGUUUGGACGAUUGACCCGCUUGCAUGUUUGGCUCGCGUGUCAUCAGCAUGAAAAUCAAUAGCGACGCGGUCUGGGUCGGUGGCUAUGAGAGAAGCGGAAAAGAACGAUUGAACAGGUGACUAGGAGGUACAGACAUCUGUAUACCGUAUGCCGUAGAUAUGACUCGGCAGCUCGGGCGGCUCGUACUUCUCCGUGACGGAGGGCCAAAGUGGUCCAGGGCCGUGAAUAAUUACACCUCAUAUAUCAGGUAGCC